AGAGAACUUUCAGCAGGGACCAGGGUGCCCGGCUCCCCACAGCGCCAGCAUGUCUCACAGGCACUCAGACAGCUCCAUGGGUGACAAGGCCCUUCUCCUGGAGCACAAGUUCCAAGCCGAGCUGCGGCCAGAUGACGACGGGACCUCUCCCCCAGGGAAACGCAGCUCCCGGGCAGCCCUGGACAAUGGCUCCUUCGCGGCCCAGCGCUCCCCGUCCCCGACCGAGCCCCGUCGCGUCAUCCUCAGCACCGAGAGCCCGGCCGCGCUCAAGAUGGGCACCCAGCAGCUGAUCCCCAAAAGCUUGGCCGUGUCCACCAAAUCCAAGACCCCUGCCCGCCACCAGAGCUUCGCCGCGGCCACGCUAAGUCGAGAGGCGGCUCGCUGCGACCUCAAGCGGAUGUCCGCCCCCAGCAUGUCUGUGGACGACUUCGACUUGGAGUUGGAUUCUGGCGAGGGGCUCAAGCGCAACCUGCGGAACACGUCGUACCGGGCGGCCAUGAAGGAGGUCGAGAACACCGAGGCGCUGGAGCCUUCGAAGGGCGUCGCCACCCUGAAGCCCUCAGCAGAGGACACCCGCAUGCAACCGGCCCGCAGCCCGGGGAGAACCAAGAGAACGCUGGGGAGAAAGCGGAUGCAGCGACACGGAGGCUCCUUUAAGGAUGAGCCCCGGCUGUACCAGGAGAUCCGUGAGAGAGGGCUGAACUCCAUCAACCAUGAGUCAGACGAUGACUUGCUCGAGGAGGAAUCCAUUCCAGAGGAGCAUCCCGCUCCUAACUGCAUUGUGGUGAAAAGCUAUCGCCCUGCCCAGGUGACCUGGAGCCAGCUCCCUGAGGUGCAGGAAGCAGGCCUCGUGGACAAGAUAAGCCCCGUGGAGCGCAAAAGGCAAGAGGCGAUCUUUGAGAUCAUCACCUCUGAGUACUCCUACCUGCACAGCCUGGGCAUCCUGGUGGGUCACUUCAUGAAAUCCGAAGAGCUGAAGGCGACCAUGACCCAGACGGAGCAUCAUCACCUCUUCUCCAACAUCGGCGAGAUCCUGAGCAUCAGCAAAAGCUUUUUUGAGGACUUGGAGAAGCGGCACCAGGACAACGUGCUGAUCCCCGACAUCAGCGACAUCCUGGAGGACCACGUAUCGAACCGCUUCAACCCCUACGUGGUCUACUGCUCUUCUCCCCCCAGCCGCUGGCGCGUGGCCCGGUUGUUGCUAGCCACAAAUGCCACGUUUAAAGAGGCCUUGAAACAAAUCGAGAGGAAGCCAGAGUGCGGUGGGCUCCCCAUGAGCUCUUUCCUCAUCCUGCCCAUGCAAAGAGUCACGCGUCUCCCCCUGCUUAUGGAUACGGUGUGUCAGAAAACCCACGUGUACAGCACGACCUACGAAGCUGCCACCCAAGCCUUGAAAGCCAUCAGCAAGCUGGUUAAGAAAUGCAACGAGGGAGCCCACACCAUGGAGAGGACCGAGCAGAUGGUGACGCUUCAGAAACAGCUGGAGUUUGGCAAGAUCAAGCCUUUCCCGCUGAUUUCUGCUUCCCGCUGGCUGCUGAAAAGAGGGGAGCUCUCCCUGUUCCACGGAGAAGACACUGGCAUUUUCCGCAAAGGCUUUGGCCGGGCCAGCUGCUAUCUCUUUCUGUUUAAUGACGUCCUGUUUGUAACCAAGAAAAAAAGCGAGGAGAGCUAUGCGGUUACGGACUACGCCACGCUGGAUCAGAUAAUGGUGGAGAAAAUUGAGAACCCCGACGCUCCCGUGUCUCCCCCAGGGAAGCCAGGGUCAAGUGGCGUAGCCCGUGGUCCAUGGGGCGGCCACUUGUUUCGAGUGAUCAUGAAGAAGAACAGCGAAGGCAAGGAGGAGAAGAUUGUGCUGUCUGCGGAAUCGCUGAGUGACCGGGCUCGUUGGAUCACGGCUCUGAUGCACAGAGAGAACCAGGCAGAUGACAAGGCCAGGAAAGGAGAGCUGAGGCAGGUGGAGCUCACCAGGGCCUUCUUGGCCAAACAGACGGACGAGAUCUCCCUGCAGCAGGCCGAUGUCGUCUUGGUCCUCGGCGAAGAGGAUGGCUGGUACCUGGGCGAGAGGCUGCGGGACGGGGGGAGAGGCUGGUUUCCAAAGGCCAGCCAGCGGGGAGUCACCGAGACAGCACCGAGUCCCCAACCAAGUAGCCGGCACGAUGCGUCCUGGGCAAGAGACCUGGCGUCGGGGGGAUUUUUAGCUGCCGUGAGGCUUGGGCUGGAGGAGCAUUUCCUGUGA